AUGUAUCCACCAUCCACCCCCUUCGAGGAUGCCCCUCCAGGAGCCUCCCCUGGAGCCCUAGGGGGCCGCAAGACAGGGGAGCCCCGGCUCUCAGACUUCCUCUGCAGGAAGGCCUCCUUGAAGGCCUCAGAGGACAGACCAGCGGCUUCUCUCCUCCGGGAGAGGGCGGGCGAGGGCCCAGAGGUGCAAAGGAGGCAGGUAGUGCGGGAGGUGCUGCGGGAAGCCCUGCAAGCUUCCAAGCCCGUGGCCAUGCUGGCCAGGACACCUGCUCUGCCCCUUCCUGCGCUGGGAGGUUCCACGCCCUGGCCCCCAGCUGUACCCUGGACACACCGGGAGAGUAGCCGAGCAGCAACCUUUACUUUCCCUGGUCCCUCAGAGGAGUCCUGUAUGGCUGAGGAUCUGGGUCAGAAGUGCUCUCCUUCUUCUUCCUCCUCCUCACGUUCGGAUCACUCCUCUGAAACCUCAUUGCUCCAAGUCCCAGAGGAUAAGCAUCCUGAGGAAAUCAGCCUGCUUAGGUUGCAGACAAAAGACGGGCAGCGUCCCGAGUGGACAUUUUACCCACGGCUGAGCAGCAAUAUCCACACCUACCAUGUGGGGAAGCAGUGCUUCUUCAAUGGGGUCUUCAAGGGCAACAGGAGGUCUCUUUUGGAGAGGUCGGUGGACAAGAGCCUGGGAAAAAAGAAAUAUGAUAUCGAUCCUAGAAAUGGAAUCCCGCAGUUGACACCAGGGGAUAAUCCGUAUAUGUCCCCAGAGCAGAGCAGAGGGUUCUUCAAAGCAGGGGCGACUUUGCCACCUGUGAACUUUUCAUUGGAGCCUUUUGAGAAGAAAUUUGAUACAUUUAUCCCAUUGGAGCCCAUUCCACAAGUUUCCAACUUACCUUUCUGGGAAAAGGAGAAAGCCAGGACACUGAAGAAUGAGAUACAGGAAGUCCGGGAGCUCGAUGAUUGGCAGCCAGCACCACCCUUAAUAACCAUACUCUUUUCUGGUGUUGGCAGCUUGCUAAGGAAAUCCUGAGCAGAAACAAGCCCACAAAACAUGCACUGA